CCACACAAAGCCGGAAGCAAACUUGAAAUAAGCAAUGGAGCAAUUGGAGAAAAGAAUGAAGAUGCCACGCCAGAGUCUGCAACGAAAGCUACCACAGAGUCGAGUGAGCUUCCAAGUGCAACUACUAUGGCCUCCUCAGUUACAGAUGUUUCUGCUACAACACCAUCUGCUCCAGAGUCGGAAGGAAAUGAAGCAGAAGCAAGUGGAGAAUCUCCUGCAGGCGAAGAAAGAGAACAUGAAGCAACUACGACAGCAAUCGCAGAAUCUAGCGGAGAAGAGCCAGCGGAAAGUAAGGAAAUGCCACACGUUGAAGCGAACGAGGAUGAAGAAGCGGCCACUGCGACGGCAUCAACGGCACCUUCGGAAACAACGGCAGCUCCUGCUGAAACAACGUGGUCUACUUCGACAACUUCGUCAGCAUCUCAAAUUCCUGUUGAACAAUUAGCCUCUUCUUCAACUUCUGAGCCCGGAGUCGUUACAACGGAAGCAAGUGGAGAGAUGACUACUGAAGGAGUAAAUCAGGCGGAGUCGACCACUGUGAAGCCUCUAGAGGGCAGUGGGGAGGAAGCAGCAGAGAGUAGUAAAGUACCAAAUAUUCAAGAAAACGCAGAUGAAGAAACAGCUACCCUCCUUGCACCAUUGACCACUUCAGAAGCCUUGCCUCCAAUUACAGCUAUUGCGAGCGAGACACCUGAGGCAGUUUCUGUGACUUCAUCAGCCAUCGGAGAGUCAACCACCGUGCCUUAUACUUCUUCAUCAGGUUUCACUGAAACCGAAGCAAGCGGGGAAGCAACUGUUGACGAGAGCCUUCAGCCAAAGUCGACAUCAACACCAGCCGUGGAAACUGGUGGAGAAGAACCUGUGGGGGAUAACAACGUUCCGAACAUUGAAGCGAACGCAGAUAAAGAAUCCACUAAAGUAGCGGCAGAGGGAGCUACUUCGCCACCUGGAAAAGAAGUAUCAACCACAUUACUUCCAUCUUUAUUACCGGGCUCCUCGGAUAGCGAGGCGAGCGGAGAAGCAGUCACCGAGGAAGGUUCUGUGAAAUCAACCACAGCGGCAACCACAGAAGCCAGUGGAGAGGAACCAGAAGUUAGCAGCAAUGUGCCUAAUGUUGAAGCGAAUGCGGAUGAAGAGAAAACUACCGUUCUAGCAGCAGUUUCCACGCAGGCAAUAACAGAAACCACAACAGCUAUGACGGGAGCAGGCGAUCAAAGUGCGACCACUCCAUUAUCAGGUGAGGAAUCUGUCACAUCUUCUUCGGGUUCAUUACCGGACUUGCGCGUAACUGAAGCGAGCGAAGGCAAGUUAGAAACGCAAACAACAGAAAAGCCCGUGGAAGCUAGUGGCGAGGAACCAGAAGAAAGUAACAAAAUCCCUAAAGUUGAGGCAAGUGCAGAUGAGAAGGCAACUACUCUCGCAGUAUUACACACUACGCAAUUCAACGCGCAAACAAGUGAGUUCGCUUCCGUCACCAUGUCUCAGACUGAAAUUCCUUCCACAACAUUACUUCCCGUUUCGCACGUGAUUGUUGCAGUGAAGGAACAACCGUUGAAGGAGUUUUAA